AUGUCCCAACAGGACAAAAAGAUUCUCUUGCUGCAGCUGGCCGAUUGGAACCCGGUCAGAAAAGUGAAGGUGAUGAAGGCCUGGGAGGCGACUGACCCGGCGAUGACGGCUGGCUUCCUCCUUGAGCUCAUCCGAGAAGAACAAGCACGUGGCGAAGGGCCUGACAGCCUGUGGCAGUGCUCCCUUUGUCCGGUGAAGCGUAACGUAGAGGUCGAGGCGAGGAUGAAGCGGGGAGAGCACCGUCGGAAAGACCGCACCAUUGAUGCAGGAUCUCUUUACGACUACCGCGUCAAGGGUAGUGGCGGAGGACCAGACACCUACUCCUCUGCGCACGAAAGCCUGUUCGAGUUCAAGCAACAGCGGCACCAGCAUCUGCAGCAAGACGAGAGUCCUUGGGAGACAGGUGGCACUGCCGGUGGUGCCGGUGCCGCUGAAGGCACGAAGCCCCUCGGUGGAGCGCAGAAGACGCGAUACGUUGAAGACAGAGCAGGAACGGCAAGUGGAGCUGGAGAUCUCGCCUCCUCGCCUGCAAAGGAAUGCCUCGACAGAUCAGCGAUAAUUUCGUCGGGGCACGACCUUGAGCUGUGGCACACCGUGGACCACGAGAGGCGUGCGCUGCUGACGGGGCAACGCAGAGCCGACGUACUCAAGGCCCGGUGGGCCGAGCGCGAACGGAAAGACCGGCAGGUUUCUGAGCUACUUCGUCUCAUUUCCGAAGCCAACCUUGACGCCUUUAGCCGACACUCUCUCGAAGAUCGUGCCAUGGCGGCCCAAAACCUCCAGGUGGUGGAUGUCAGACGGAUGCUAGAUCUGAAGCUAUCCCACUCUGCCGCGGUCAAUAGUGGAGCGUGCAAGGACGAAGGAUUGAAGCGCUUGAACGAGCGGGAGGCCACCGCAUGGGCAGCGAAACUGAAGUUGAAAGCAGCCUUGAACAUGGACAGGCACUACGCCUCGUUGGAGCCCGGGGGACUUCCAGCGUCCCUGCGGCGGAGGAACCCAACCUCGAGCCAACCUUCGGAUUUUCUAGACGACGGCACCCCGGCGACGCCCCAGGGGGCAAUGCAGACGUUUGGGCGCGCCUGCCCGCCGGAGGACAAUGAGUCUGGUGCUAUUCGACUCUGGAAACGAGGGGCCAAGGAAACCGAGGAAGUACUCGACUUACGACGAGACGUGCGAGAGUGGCAGUCUUCUUGCGGGAGACGGGCUCGCUUCUCCGACCUGUGCGAGCGAUGGGUCGGUGUAGCCUCUGACAUCGAAGAAAAACAGAGGCAGAAGCGGAUGAUUGAAGCUGCGGAACGCGAAAAACGCAUGAGGGAGCGGCAAGCAGCGAAACUGCUGCGCAAGCGUCAGCUCGCUGAGCUUCGCGCCAACGCUGGCUCCAGGGCCACCGGUGAAGAGAGGAGGAAGGUCGAGAGGGACAAGGAGGCGGAAGAGAGAAAGCGGUUGGAAGGGGAGGAGCUGGAGCGUAUGAGCCGGGAGGAAGCCGCACAGCUCGCGGGGGGAGACAGAUAUUGGGGACUCAUUCGCGAGUUGCAGCGGCUCCGCGUUAUUGAAGAAGAACGGCGGCGUGCUUGGGAAGUGAGAAUCCGAGCGACCAAGGAGAAGAUGGUAGCAGUCCGGUGCAUAUCGGAGCUGAGCGAUUUCACCCACGCGACACCACCGAUCGACCCCGAGCUCCAGCAGCAGAUUGACCGGUUAUUGGAGAUCUAG